AUGUUGCGUGAGUUGACGACCAGAGAGGAUUUAGAACAGGCUGCCAUCGAAACUAAGAAACACGUCGACACUAUAUACUUCCACUUCUCUAUUGAGGGUUAUCUGGAUGACAAUUUUCCAGAAUCCCCAGUUCGGGUUUUUGUCUUCCCUGAAUCAGGGCAAGCAAAAUACUAUUUUAUGGUGAAGGACAAUGUGUAUAUCAAACCAUCAUGUAUGAUGGCUCAUAUACCUGGAACUCAUUUCGAUCGUAAUGAAUUCAUGAGCUGCAUUCGUGAAUUCAGAAUUCGUUCUUUGGGAUCUCUUGAUAGCAAUAGCGCACAUCUGGUCGUUGCUAAGGAGGAGCUGGUCAAACUGUACUCGUUGACAAUGAAAAAAUUGUCUUGUGAUGUGAGAUCAACUGAUUUGAAUCUCUUCUUAUUCUUCAUGAAUCCAACUCAACGUCAGAAACUUAUGGAACACAAAGACCCUCUGCUACCUGAUGGAUAUUAUUUCGACGAGAUUGAUCCUCUAACUGAAGGUGAAAUGGUCAAUGCUACGUGGAAACAUGCUCGCGAAGGAGAUCUCGAGCAAACCAUUGCCAAAUUGGCUCGAUUGCCCUCGUCCUGCGUCAAAUUUGAUGGACUUCCGGUCGCUUUCGAAAUGAUUGAUCCCGCUGGCUUCUUCAACAAUCAGUUUGUAUUUGAAGAACAUCGUCGUCGUGGUCUUGGAACUGCGGUUGAGGUUGCUUUAGCCAAGAAAUGCAUAAGAAGUGGAAUGGUUCCUUAUAAGACGGUUGAUAAAAGAAACGUUGUAGCUCUGAAUGCCUCAAAACAAUCUCAAUUCUGGACUCAAUGGACAGAUGAGAAAGAGGAGAAACCUAUGACUGUUGUUUUCCAAGAAUGGUCAAAUGAAAUGUAA